AUGAUGGCCGUCGACUACCUGUUCGAUCCGCGAACGCUGGCCGCCGCCACCGCCGCCGACGACACGACUCGACCCGACCAACUGUCGGUUGACGACGGUAGCUGCAAAUACCGACUGAGGCCCCUGUGCUCGACGGAUUUCGGCCGUGGAUACGUGGACCUGUUGGCUCAACUGACCGUGACGGGAAGCGUCACCCAGCAGAUGUAUUCGAACACUUUUGAAGUGAUGAAGAAAAACAGCGGUACAUAUUACAUAAUCGUUGUCGAGGAUACUGAGGAAAACUGCAUAGUGGCGUCCGGUUCCCUGACUAUUGAAAAAAAAUUCAUACACCUCUGUGGACAACGCGGUAGAAUUGAAGACAUUGUUGUCAACUCUAACUGCAGAGGACAACGGUUUGGAAAAAUUGUUGUUCAACGUCUGAUUGCACUGUCACGCGUCCUAAAUUGUUACAAGAUUUCAUUGGAGUGUAAAGAUAGUAAUGUUAAUUGGUAUAACUCAAUGGGUUUUGUGAAAGAACCGGGAAACUCAAAUUACAUGCAGAUUAAGUUUGAGAAACCAUCGCAUUGA